AUGCUUAUUUCCUCUUUUUUUAUUGCUCUAGGCGCAAGCCCUCUUGUGUACGCUCAUGGUAUCCAGGUCGAACGGUCAGAAAAUCACUUCAUUAAGGGACCUGCUUUCCCAGAUGACGCUUCUUCGUCCUCCAUGGAGCCAUUGUGGCAUGCGAAACAAGGAGACGAUGAACUUGUGAAGGUGGAUUUUCAUCGAUUGAUCCAGCGUCGAGACGACAGUUCGACGGAUACCGAUACUUCAGCAGACGCUACGAGCACGGCAACUAAAGAUGCCUCAGUGGCUUCUACCACUGGAGAUGACGCUACGACGACAGCUAAGUCCAAAAGUACUACGCUGGAAACAACUACAUCGGGGACGGAGGCAUCUACCACAGAAGAAAGCUCCGUGUCGUCAACCACCACCACCUCGAGCUCAAGCUCAGGCAUAGCAUCAUCGACAAGCACGACUUCGACUACAACGGAACCCGGCGCCUCAUGCUACAGCACGACAGUCAAGAGCAGCACCAUCUGCGAAACAACAGGAUUCACCACUUUGACGUGCUAUGCUGCGAAUAUUACCUCGAGCACAUGUUCUCCGGGUCUUAUGUGCACGACCCAGUCAAGCAACGGAGUUACGAUCUGCAUGGAACUCCAGAAUGAAGUUGGUACAGCUGGUAUUAUCAUAGCUUCUGUUUUCUCGGCACUUAUACUCAUCUGUGCUUGCACUCUUAUUACGAUGUGUUACAGAGAUAAGAGCAAGCAGAGAAGGCAGGAGGAGAUGAGGCGGGUAAGAUCAGUGAAGAUUGCUGAGAGGGCUACCUUGCUGCAGCGUGCGCAGUAG